UCUGCAAGAGGGGAAACUUCCCUGCAAUAGCGGCUCAGGCUCUUCUCCCAAGUGUCCUUGCCUCCAGCCGAGAUCCUGCAAAAAGGAACCUUGAGAGGCAAAAGCCACGCACAAAGUGUCAAUCUGCACCAGCGCACUCACCUCUCCCGGUUUCUCUUGCUCUGCAGCUUCAGGUUGUUGUGGUUGAUGCUGGCUUCCGUUCUCUGGUCUUUCUGCCCUCCCUAAAACAAGGGUCCACCGGCAGGAAGAUCUACAGAUCUGCCAACUCCGAGUGAGUUAAUAACUCGCUCUUAGCGCUUCGGAUUUAAAGGAUGGUGUAAGUGAGGAGCUUCCAGCCAAAUCCAACAUGGGCGCAAACACCUCCAGCAAGUCACCACCAUUUGACGAGAACGAAGACGUCACCUUCGACCAUUUUGAAAUUUUGAGAGCCAUUGGAAAAGGCAGCUUUGGAAAGGUAUGCAUUGUCCAGAAGAAUGACACCAAGAAAAUGUACGCCAUGAAAUAUAUGAACAAGCAAAAGUGUGUGGAACGGAAUGAAGUGAGAAAUGUCUUCAAGGAGCUACAGAUCAUGCAGGGAUUGGAACACCCUUUCCUUGUGAAUUUGUGGUAUUCAUUCCAGGAUGAGGAAGACAUGUUUAUGGUGGUUGAUCUGCUUCUUGGAGGAGAUUUGCGUUACCACCUGCAGCAAAAUGUCCGCUUCCAAGAGAGCACCGUGAAGCUGUUCAUCUGUGAACUAGCAUUGGCACUGGACUAUCUCCAGAGCAGGAACAUCAUCCACAGGGACAUAAAGCCUGAUAACAUCUUGCUGGAUGAACAGGGACAUGUGCAUGUCACAGACUUCAAUAUUGCCACCGUGAUAACAAAAGACACUCAGGUCACCACUAUUGCUGGCACUAAACCAUAUAUGGCACCCGAGAUGUUCAGUUCUAUAAAACCCAUUGGCUAUUCCUAUGCUGUUGACUGGUGGUCAUUAGGCAUUACAGCCUAUGAACUUCUGAGAGGCCGGAGGCCAUAUCACAUUCGCUCUAGUACUGCUGCAAACGAAAUUGCCCACAUCUUCAAGACAGCCACAGUUAUGUAUCCUGCUGCUUGGUCAAAGGAUAUGGUGUCCUUAAUCCAAAAGCAGCCGUUAUGUAUUAUAGAUGAGACCAACUGGGAUGUCAAGUUUGGUCCUGGCUCUCUCGUCUCGAGUAAAUUUCAUAAGAAAGGUUUCAGUGCAUUAAAUCAGGGAUGGAGCAUUUCCACACACAAACUAAACACCUUCCAGCCCCUCUACUGCCAGUUACGCAAGUUAAUGGAAAUAAAUACAGAGGAGCGGUUUUCUCAACUGACCGAUAUCCAAGACUUUGCUUAUUUGUCCGAUAUCAACUGGGAUGCUGUACUUCAAAAGACAGUAGAGCCUGGAUUCCUUCCUACCAAAGGGAAGUUGAACUGUGACCCAACCUUUGAACUUGAAGAAAUGAUCCUGGAGUCCAAGCCACUUCAUAAGAAGAAAAAACGCCUGGCUAAGAAGGAGAAGGAAAGCAGCAAAAAUGAUUCCAUGGAGACUUGCCAGCUUCAGAAACACCUGGAGUCAAUCCAAAGGGACUUCAUCAUUUUCAACAGAGAGAAGAUGAGGAAACAGCAUAAUGAAAUGCAAGAGAACUUGACACUGACACAAACCAAAGACAAUCAGGAAGAAGACGACCAAAAUAAUAAUCUUUGAAAUCAGUUUAGCUUCUGCUGAGGUCUUGCUGUCCAAGGUCCAGGCGUCUACUUUACCUACUUCAUGGAGCUCAACAAAUCAAACUGCACACUGCUAUCAAGACAAGGCAGACAGCUUCCCUUGCUAUGGUCUCUCCAAACCGGAAGCUGAGUGUCUCCUUCCACCAUAAGGAGUUAGGGCCUAGUCUCUUGCAGCAGUGCAUAAGGCGCAAAUUCUGAUUUUAUGCCUUUUCUGGUGUUUUAGAAAAGCAGGAAAGGAGGUGGUGUUUUCCCCUCAAAGGCAACAAGAAUGAAGAAAGGCUAAGGUCAUAUUUUCUUUAUGUAGCUUUUCUGUGGCAGGAUGUAGGGUUUGCUGAUUAUUGGGCUCAGUCAACUGCCUGUAGGCAAGUGAUAAGGUUUUUAUUAAGUGUUUGUUAGGUGGGUGGCUGCAUAUUUUAAUAGAGGUUUCAAACAGAUGGCCCGAAACUAAAAUUGUGCAAAUGGACAACAAGAGAGUCCAGUGUCAACACCAGCUUUUUCUGCACCAGCAACUACUCUGAUCUAAAGCUUAUAUUUAGUACACCAGCUCAAAAUAUACGAAGAAUUAUUAUUUGCCAUGGAUCCCCCCCUUUAUUGGCACUAUAUAUGUAGCGUUCAAGGGCAAAUGGAUGUGGUGAGUGUGUGAUCUUAGAGUUGCUAUGUGAAUCAGAAAUUGAAUUGUUGGCAAGUAGAUACAAACAAAGAUAUAAGUCACUAAAAUCUUCUAAGGGGAUGUGGUUAGAUAGAACUCACCAGCAAGUGCAACUGACAACUCUAACCGUGGGGGAUGGGGCUGAACCUAAAACAUUGUUUUUAAAAGAAAUGAAAUAAAGGCUGCAUAAUCAGGAAUAAAUAGUCAUUCAGCAAAGGUUGAUGCUCCCUAAGAUCAAUAUGACAGCACAUCACACUUAACUGUAUGAAGCCUAUUACCUUUGUAGCCUUAGGUUGCAAUUUGACACUGUAUGCACUCAGAUCUGCUAGGAGCUGCCAAAGGAGAACGGGCAAGUGGGGUGGAGCGAGUGUACAAAGCAUAACAAUUACAUAAGCCUCCAUUUUUGGCAAUAUUAAGAAUAGUUCUUUAAGGGAAACCAAUAUUGUAUGUAUCGAAAAUUCACUAGAUUUUUGCUCUGUCCUGCUUCAGGACUCUAGCCAUCUUCUUGCCAUGUUCUCUUCUCUCCAUGUUCCCGCUGGAACGCAGCUGGCCAAGUGAUAUCACCGAUGUGAAAGUCAAGCCCAUAGUCUCCAGCUGGAGUCCUUUCCGUGGCUGUUUGCAACCGGGAGUCAAAAUAAGCCAAGUGAUUAUUCCACCGCUCUUGUGGCCAACUGCCCCCUGGUGGCCUUUCCUUUGCGUGCACACUCGUGCACAAAAAAAUGUUUUUAAAAGAAAAGAAGCAAAGAAAAAGAAACUCUGCAAGGAAUAGACACAAUCCAGCUGUAAGUUCAGUACUUUUCGAUGCCAUUUAUUUGAAAAGUAGAGUUAAACAUUGGCUAGACUAUGCCCAGCAUCUUGGGUUUUAAUCACCGUAUUGAAGCAAGGCAGACAGACACUUCAUAUAUUUGGCUGAGCAAGCAAUCCCAUCUUUGCUUUAUAGGCUCACUGGGCUGCUUUCACAUACAAAAAGCUGCUUUCUAUUAAUAUCUGGUUUCUCUUGCACUCAAGGAAAGCCACUGCCUUGUGGGGAGAGGACCAAUCAUCUGGAAUAAGUAGUUUAUCUGCAUGCACAAAGAAAGACAGGCUGCUUAAACCCAUCUAUUUCUUCAGGCAGCUUAAGCUAAAAUUGCUGCCUUAGAUGUUGAAAUCGAUAAAAUGUUCUCUAAGGCCCUCUAGCUACAUCCUUUUUAUGUGUACUUCCUGCAAAAAUAAUAAUAAUAACAACCCACAAUUUAUUUUUCAACAAAACACUUUGGCUUCUUUCUGCCAAAGAAAACCGCCCCAGGUAGCAGCUGGCUGUGAUCCAGCUCUCCACUGCUUUUAAAGGUGAAAGGCCAGUACCUGUCUUGGGGCCAAAAUAUUUCCAAAAUGAAAUAUAUUUGGCAUGGAAUUAUCCCAGAACCAGAGUCGAAGCAGAUUCCAAAGUAGUUGGGAUCGGAGCAUUGCCUUGUGUGCCUGUUGGAAUCAUUGCAUUCAAUAAGAAGCAGUGUCUUUGUAGUGACUCAUCCUGCAUUGGAGACUGUACACUCGUCUCUCCUUGGCUUUUAUCAAUUUCUCUUCUGUAGACCAGGCAUGAAUGCAAUUGUAUAACGCUAAUCAUUAGAUAGCCAAGGUUAUUAUUACCCAACACAAAAGGUGAUCACAAACUACCCUUCCUUUGGCCAUGGUGCAUUAAGCAUAAUAGAUGCCAACAUACUGAAUAAGCUCUAAGGCUGGACUAUGCUCUGUGCUCUGCCUGGGCUGUACAGCUGAGAUGGCUAACUGGGGGCUCCCAGGCUCCAGCUCUCCCUGCCAUCAUUCCGCCUGGCCUGCUGCACCAGGCUGAAUGGUCAGGGCAUUGCUUCUUAACUGGGAGGAGCCCAUGCCACUGUACAGUAUCAAUGAAAAUCCACAAAGCCCUUUAACACAGCUUUGGUCCAACUUUCCACUAUUCACACUAUAUUGAAUUUAAGUCUUACUGCUAUGCUAGCACAAUCUGUACGCCAGUCCCAUUGGCUUGAUAUCUCAGCUGCAUGUAAAGCCUAAAAAUAAAUUGGGAUUGUUGCAGCACAGCCUUGUUGAGAUGUGUUGCUUUUUUAAGGCUGAAUGUGAGCUACUAGACUGAUUUGUACAAUGUAGAACAGUCAGCCUCAAAAGACUGAUAUUACUAGUGACGUCAUUGGCACUACCCAAUCGGUGCCCAAAAAACACAAUGAUAAGCUGUGAAACACCCACUUUUUAAAAUAGGUUUGUGAGUUAUGGGGCAAGACAGCAUUUUUAAAUUUUUUAUUUUUUUGGUAUAUCAAACUGUGGGCUUAGGGUCAAACAGGAUAUAGUAAAUGUAUUAGCAUAUUUCUGUAUGUAUCAACACCCACACACAUCUUGAUUGGAACUGUGAAAGUCAACCCUGGCCUAUUUCCUCCAAAAAUGUUCCCCUGAAGUUGCUAUUUAUGCUAUAGCCUCUCAUUCAGAAAAACUGCACUAGGCGAGAGGGUUAAAACUCCCUCCCCCCAGGGUGGUUGUUUUUUUGAAUUAAAGAUAGUGAGAUGCAACAAUACAUUAAACGUACUAUCCUAUUUGAUGCUCUGUUGGUAAAUGUGUUUUGCAGCAACAGAAUCAGUAGCUGAAAACUGUUUAUGGUACAAUAAAACUUUUGUGGACAGGAGUGCCUUAUGUCUAAUUUGAAUCCUAGAGUAUGCCACAACUUGUGAGGUAUUGCACUAUUUUAAUACGCUAAAAGACAACACUUUGGAUUGAAGAGGACAUGAGCUGCUGGCUAUUUCAGAGCUACCACUUUAGGGCCAAGCAGCAGCAAUAAUUGUUUUUUUGCAUUCCAUAGGUAACCAACAUGGUGCCCUUCAGAUGUUGUUUGACCAGCCCCAGCCAGCAUGACCAAUGGUCAGAGAUUAUGAGAGCUUGCGUCCAGCAACAUCUGAAGAGCACGGUGUAGGCUACCCUUGCUCGGUGCAGUUUUGAUCUCUUGUCACUUUCAAGCAAUAACCUUCCCAUGAAAAGUUUAACUGGUAAACAGUUGUUCAACAUGUCACAGUAAAAUGGCAGCCUAUGCACUGUCUGCCCUGGAUAGCUUUCUGCACGGCAAUAAAUAGGAGGCAUUAAAUCUGGUUAUAGUCACAUAUCUAACAAUGGUAAGCAAUUGGGUUUUAGGCUUCAUCCUUUUGUCUUGCACAGAAAUGGGCCGUGAAGACAGCUUGCUCAUUAUCAAUGUUAACAGGUUAGUAAUUAUGUCAGGUUUAAUGAAAAUACACAAGUGGUAUUUCUGGCACUUUUUUCUCUUCCAUUUUAUAAAUAUGGUCUAUUAAACUUUCUA